CUCAAGUCAGUCUCAAGUCAGUCGCAAUGCAGCUAGAACACGGUUUGAUUAGUCUGUUGUUUGCCAUCGCAGUUGUACAUUCAGUAAGCUUGCAGGAUUCCAAAUGCGGCUACAUCAGCGAGGAUCAGUUCUUAAUAAUGAAUGCCUUUGCGAUACCCACAGAACAUCAGUGGUUGGCGGGCAUUACGUACAUGAAUGGACAAGAGAUGAAGCUGCAAAAUAAUGGCUGUGUUGGUGUCCUUAUAUCCAAACGAAAUGUGCUGGCACCCGCCCACUGUUUCCUGCAGUACGAUGGGCACGUCGAGGUCUUCUCUGUUCUGUUGGGCGUAUGGAAUAAGAGCUCCAGUCUGGGUGACGCCAGCUGCGAUAGGAAUGGCUUUUGCGUGCUGCCCGCCCAGGACAUACCGGUGAAGGAGAUCGCCAUAUACCCCGAAUACGAUCCACUAACUCUGAAGCAUGACCUCGCGGUGCUCACACUACAGCGCGAUGCACAGUUAACUCCAAAUGUAAUGCCCAUUUGUAUGCCGCCACCCUCGAAGGUCAAUGAGACGCUGGUGGGACAGCUGUUCGUUGUGGCCGGCCUGCCCAUCAAAGAUGAACUCAAGCAUAAGGCCUAUGUGCACAUACACAGUCGGUCUUAUUGCCAGAAAGAGCAUAGCUCCCUCCUCAGCAGCAGCAACACCGUCUGCGGCUAUCAGGAUAAAAGUAUGAUGUACCAUCUGGGUGCUCCGUUGGUGGGCAUACAUGUGAAGAUGGAUGCGCCGCAAAGCUAUUACUUGGUUGGCCUGCUACUCGACGAGAAGGAAAAUGUCGACGGAGAGGAUUCUGUAGCUGCCAGUUUUCUGGAUGUGCGCCCCUAUCUAAAAUUCAUUAAUCGUAAUGCCGACUUCCUAAUUAUAAGUGACUGAACUGUGCGGAAAAUAAAGCGGGCAAAGGCUGCCAACAG